AUGCGGGGUGAGUGGUGGUGUGGAGACGAAGGCUGCGGAGUGCAUGACGGGCGUAUGCCGGGCGCGGAGUGCGGGGCGCGUGGCGGCGAGCCGCGGGCCGCCACUUCUCUGUACUCGAGGAGCCCCGGUACACCUCGGUUUCCGGCCGGCGUUCCCUCGCGGCUUCACAAGUAUCCCGCCGCGCCAAGCCCGCGUGCCGGCCACGUGGCCCACUCCCGUCGUUACUCAAACCAGUGUACUGAUACAAAUAGAUACAUAAAAAUGGAUUCAUCCCAAGUUAUCAUGGACGACCAAGAGAGAUGCUACAAAAUGUAUAAUAUGUACAAGAGACCCGAAAACGUUGAGACGUCCAUGUCUGGUCAUCGCGAAACAAAGUCCAGCGUGUACGCUAUGAAUGAUCAGACCUUUCACACGCCAUCUUUCGGGGACGAAGAAUUUGACAUCCCUCUGAUACACGGGCAGCAUGCUUCGAGUGGAGUAGUGCAUGUCACGCAAAUACAGUACUCCCAAAUGCAUCAUUCCGCGCCCCAGGUCACUGAAGUCGGCAUUUUCUUCUUCUUAAAAAUAUUUUUAAAUAACUUUAAUUAUUAUUCAAGACGUUACCUUUUCUAUAAACGAAAUAAAAUAAAAUAA